CCGGAUAAUAAAACACGAGGAACAAGGAGGCCUGAUGAAGGUGAAAGAGGAAAGACAAGAUCUGAAUGAAGUGGAGAAACAUCGGGAUCAAAAAGAUCAUAAUGUCAAUGAAGAAAAAUCUGUGAGUUGCAGCAUUCAAAUAACAGAAGUCAAAAGUCCUUUCAUCUGCUCUCAGUGUGGAAACACUUACAAACAUAAAGGAAGCCUUAUGAAACACAUGAGAAUCCAUAGUGGGGAAAAGCCUUUCAGCUGCUCUCAGUGUGGAAAGAGUUUCAAACAUAAAGGAAUCCUUAAGAAUCACAUGAGAAUCCAUAGUGGGGAAAAGCCUUUCAGCUGCUCUCAGUGUGGAAAGAGUUUUACACAGAAAGCACACCUUAAGGAUCAUUUGGUUAGUCAUACUUCAGAAAAGUCUUUCAGCUGCUCUCAGUGUGGAAAGUCUUUCAAACAUAAAGGAAGCCUUAUGAAACACAUGAGAAUCCAUAGUGGGGAAGAGCCUUUCAGCUGCUCUCAGUGUGGAAAGAGUUUCAAACAUAAAGGAAGCCUUAUGAAUCACAUGAGAAUCCAUAGUGGGGAAAAGCCUUUCAGCUGCUCUCAGUGUGGAAAGAGUUUCAAACAUAAAGGAAGCCUUAUGAAUCACAUGAGAAUCCAUAGUGGGGAAAAGCCUUUCAGCUGUUUUCAGUGUGGAAAGAGUUUCACGUGUAAUGAAAACCUUAAGAAUCACAUGUUAAUUCAUGCUGGAAUAAAGUCUUUUACCUGCUUUCAGUGUGAAAAGAGUUUUACACAUAAAAGGCAACUUAAGGAUCAUCUACUAACUCACUCUUCAGUAAAGCCUUUCGUCUGCUCUCAGUGUGGAAAGUCUUUCAAACAUAAAGGAAGCCUUAUGACUCACAUGAGAAUCCAUAGUGGGGAAGAGCCUUUUACCUGCUCUCAGUGUGGAAAGAGUUUUACACAGAGAGGACACCUUAAGGAUCAUUUGGUAAGUCACACUUCAGAAAAGUCUUUCAGCUGCUCUCAGUGUGGAAAGUCUUUCAAAUAUAAAGGAAGCCUUAGGAAACACAUGAGAAUCCAUAGUGGGGAAGAGCCUUUCAGCUGCUCUCAGUGUGGGAACACUUUCAUGUGUAGCGAAAACCUUAAGAAUCACAUGCUAAUUCAUGCUGGAAUAGUGUGGAAAGAGUUUCACAUGUAAAGGAUACCUUGAGACUCACUUUAAGUCAUGCUGGUUAAAAGCCUUUCAGCUGCUCUCAGUGUGGGAAAAGUUUUACACAGAAAGGACACUUUAAGGAUCAUUUGGUAACACUCUUCAGAAAAGCCUUUCAGCUGCUCUCAGUGUGGAAAGAGUUUCACCUGUAAAAGAGGAUUUAGUCAUCACAUGAGAAUUCACACUACAGAGAUGCCUUACCAGACAAUUCAUACAAAUUAAAAGCCUCACAUCUCCUGUUUGUGGAAGGAGAUUUCGGUAACUUAAUUUCAAUGUGUACAUUGGUCCCACAUGAUCAGAAUGUGGACAACUGGCAUAAUUGUCCUCUUUUUCUCAAUGAAUUAUUGCUUGCCAAACCAAAAUAUUGUUGAUUCAAGAUAUUUGUCAUUACUGUAACACAAAUGUAUUAAAGGGAUUUCAUCGUGUCAAGAGUACCAGAUUUUCAGCUGUAACUCCAACUUGAUUUCUUAAUGCUAAUAUUAAUCAAAGGUAUUAUGCAACUCUAAAGCAAUUUCAUUGUCUGUGGUACCAGAGUUGUGUAAACCGAACUUGCUUUAAGUAAACGCCCUCCAAAUGAACUGUAAACAUGUUCAGAUAUGUGUGUGAAUAAAAUCAUAAUUUUAAAAAUACAUGUUGACAUUGACAAUAAAGGCAAAA